GUGCUAUGGGCGUGGCUAUUGGAGCGCUUGGCGAGAAGAGGGGUGUUUUGUUUGGUCAGUUCUGUCCUUUCUAUUAGCGGAGGCGGGGAGUAAGGAAUGGAGUGAUCUGAUUGGUUGUGCCUCUAAGACGAGGAGGGAGAAAGAAGGCGGAGCCCAAUUGUGCACUGAGCGCCGUAGGCGUAGCGAAAUAGGCUUCGUAGGCGGGGCCUUUUUGGGACCCCGCCCCUUCGCUUCAAACUCCGCCCAGCCGGUAAGAAAUGGGAAGGGAAAGAGGGCGGAGUCAACUGUCGCCCGCCCACUGUGGGCGUGGCAAAUAAGGCCUCGGAGUCAGUGAGGGAGCUGAAGUGCGUCCCCGAAAGUAGGCGGGGUCUUGCCAGACCCCGCCUCCUCACUUUAAAAGCCCAGCCCGCCCGGCGCGCGAGUCGCAUUAAGAAAAGCGCUUGGAGGGUGAGGUUGUGCUGCUCCUUGUCUCUCUCGCUUCCCCUCAGCCGGCCCUGUGGCUGGAUGCGGCUGGGCCUCCUCCUCCGCGACCAUGUUCGACAAGACGCGGCUGCCUUAUGUGGCGCUGGACGUGAUCUGCGUGAUCCUGGCUGGCUUGCCUUUUGCAAUUCUGACUGCAAGGCAUAUUCCCUUCAAGCGAGGAGUGUUCUGUAAUGAUGAAUCCAUCCAGUAUCCAUACAGAGAGGACACCAUUUCAUAUCAGUUGUUAGCGGGGAUUAUUGUUCCGUUCGAUGUAAUCGUUAUGAUCCUAGGAGAGGCCCUUUCAGUGUAUUACAACCGUUUGCACUCCAAUUCAUUUGUGCGAAACAACUAUAUAGCUGCUAUUUACAAAGCCAUUGGGACAUUCAUUUUUGGUGCAGCAAUCAGCCAGUCUUUGACAGACAUUGCCAAAUAUUCAAUAGGCAGACUGAGACCUCACUUUCUGGACAUAUGUAAACCAGCUUGGUCACAGAUCAACUGCAGUGCAGGUUACAUUGAAAACUUCAAAUGCCUUGGAGACAAAACAAAAGUUAAUGAAGGGAGGCUGUCAUUUUAUUCUGGGCACUCUUCGUUCUCCAUGUAUUGCAUGAUGUUCCUAGCACUUUAUCUACAAGCCAGAAUGAAAGGUGACUGGGCAAGACUUCUACGUCCCACAAUACAGUUUGGAUUAAUUGCAUCAUCCAUCUAUGUGGGUCUUUCCCGUGUUUCUGAUUAUAAACAUCACUGGAGUGAUGUACUGACUGGACUUAUCCAAGGAGCAUUGGUGGCUAUACUUAUUGCUGUGUUUGCAUCGGAUUUCUUCAAAGAGAGGGGCCGUGCGUUUAAACAGAAGGAAGAGGAGGAUUCACACACAACUUUACAUGAGACACCUACCAAUGGGAAUCACUAUGGUAGUAAUCACCAGCCAUGAUAGAUUCAAGAGCUAUUAGCCUGUGGAAUCUCGAAAGGAAAAUUUCACACAUCUUUCUUGGCCUAUGUACAAAAAUAAAUUAAAUGCCUUUUGAAGGGACUGCUGCUGCUAUACCUCUUGGAUGCUCACUUUACUUGUAUAUAGUAACAAUUGUAUAUCUAAAAACUUCAAGUUUCUGUUGGUUAAGCUUUUGCUUUAAAAACACAGUACUCCAGCUUUUUUUAAUUAAAAUAAUGUGGUAAUGCUUAUGUACAAACAGCAAUAGCAUAUGUAAAAUGCUUUGUUAGCAUGAGGCUUACAGCAAAAUACAUACAAGUAAUGACACUAAGCAGCUGUUCUUGCUUGAAGAUGAAGGAAUGGUAGCCUUGAUGGUUAACGUAUACUUCAUGGUUGUUUACUGAAGCCUCAGUUGCAGAAUAGAUGCAAGUUCUUUAUCAACACCACUUCAGGAAAACACCUCUUAUAGGUAAAGGCUUGCAGCAAAUACAAUGUCUCUCUUGAUUUUGGUGAUGCCUGUUGAGGAUAAAACAAAAUCUGAUCAUAAGGGCAGCUGCAGCCUUGUAGUUGACACUAAUAGUGAUAAGGGGUGUUUUACAACCACACAUGGUUAAAGGUCAGUAUCAAAUAUUCAAAUUGUGUGAUUUCCCCCCAGCUUCCCAAAAAACCCUAUAGGAGCUAUUUUGAUGGGAUUGUGGAGACAUUAAAGACUUCCCAAUUAUCAUAGAAUAACAGAGUUGGAAGAGACCACAUGACUAUCUAGUUCAACACCUUGCCAUGCCGGAAAAGCAUAAGCAAAGUACCCUUGACAGAUGGCCAUCCAGCCUCUGUUUAUAAAAGCUUCAAAGGAAGGAACUUCCACCACACUCCGAGGCAGUGAGUUCCUCUACUGAAAAACUCUUACGGUCAGGAAGUUCUUCCUAAUGUUCAGAUGGAAUAUCCUUCCCUCUAAUUUGAACCCAUUGCUCUGAGUCCUAGUUUCCAGGGCAGCAGAAAACAAGCCUGCUCCCAAUUACCUACUUUGUAAAAGAACUAGAGAGCAGAAAGUAAAAAGAGGUCCACAGGACCUACAGUCAGGUAAAAGGGAACAUUUUGGUUUGUUGCCAAGAAAUUUAAAGGUUUGUAAACAGCUUUCACUUUAAGAUGCAUGUAUUUAUAAAAUACUGUAAUACACACCUUCUGCAAAUUUGUUCUCCAGUUCUGUGUUUCCAAUGGCCUUUGCUGCCUGGCACAUUUGUCGAAGCAACUCUUCUAGCCUCCUCAUGCAUCGAAUGAUGCUUCCUGCAACAGCAAAGCAAGGCUUUGGAUGAAUCAUAAGAUUAUAUAUGUAUUCCUUGAUUAUCAGUAGUAUCAGCAUUACUGUUCCCUUAAUAUGUGCUCUAUAAAUGACUUUUCAGUCUUCUUCUCAACUGGCUGACUCUUUCCUCUAAGAUGCACUGUUGUCAUUUACUUCAAUAAAAAGGCAUGCAGCUUAUUCAACCUUUGCCUUAAACAUAAGCCAAAAGGACUGUCAGAGGUUGACAUGCUGGAAGUCUAAAGGGCAUCAACAUCAUAUUAGAAUGGCAGUGUUGUAUAUUUGUUGGGUGUUGAGUUUUUCCUCAAAUACAUGUUUUGAAAAAGGGUGGGCUCUAGCGAAUAAUCCACUCAAAGGCAUUGGCUUGAUUUUUAUCUUUCUUGCUCCGAUAUCUGAGUAACCCUUUGUGAGAAAACGUGGUAGAAAUCCUUCCAUGUGCUAGGUGUUAGAAAAUAUACCUUACAGCAUUUAGCAUGUAUUCAAUUGACUCCAUAAUGAGAAAUAAGAAAAAAGACAUUUUUCAUUCCUUAUGUGCCUGCUUAUAUUUCUAGUACAUCAAGACCUGUGGUCCACUAAUUCUCGCUUCACAUCUUACACAGGGCCCAUGAUGUGAAGUUUAACCAGCCAGCCUCAGUGAAAGAUAAAAUUUGUAUUGUUUCAGACUUGGCAAUUAUUGUAAAAGACCACAUGGAGUCCAAAAAGACACAAGUCUAAGCCAAAGGAAUUUAGGAUGUAUCCUCCAUGGGCAGACCAUAUGCUAUGAUUUGGAGCAGUGUUUGUCAAACUCUACUCCAGAUGUUUUGAACUUCAGCUCCUACAAUUCUUAACAGUUUGUAAACUGGCUGAGAAUAAUAGAAUAGUAGAGUUGGAAGAGACCUCAUGGGCCAUCCAGUCCAACCCCCUGCCAAGAAGCAGGAAAUCGCAUUCAAAGCACCCCCAACAGAUGGCCAUCCAGCCUCUGCUUAAAAGCCUCCAAAGAAGGAGCCUCCACCACAGUCCGGGGGAGAGAGUUCCACUGUCGAACAGCUCUCACAGUCAGGAAGUUCUUCCUGAUGUUCAGGUGGAAUUUCCUUUCCUGUAGUUUGAAGCCAUUGUUCCGCGUCCUAGUCUGCAGGGCAGCAGAAAACAAGCUUGCUCCCUCCUCCCUAUGACUUCUGAAGGUCUGGGAGCUGGAGCCCAAAACACUUGGAGGAGCAGAGUUUGACAGACACUGAUUUUUGGAGCACAGGGUGGCUUCUGCUUCUGAAGCAUGCUAUGAAAAUCAAAUCAAGAACAUGUCACCAUCUACAGAAGUUUAGCAGUUAUGCUUGUAUUACAGAACACACAUACUCAAUUCACCUAUAUAUGAAAGCAGCCUCUGCUAAAACCACUGAAUUACCUAAAGCAGCCUCGACUUUUGGACCACAACUCUCAUUUUGUCUUAUACUGCCCAAGGAUAAUGAGAAGUACAAUAUAACAUAUUUCAAGAACAUUAAGUUUGGGAAGGCUCAUCUAAUACUUCCACUUUCUAGUCUUCCUCCAAAUAUUAUAGACUGUAUCCAUGGGUUCUGAAAUGUCAUUUCAAAGUACUCUGUCAAAAAAAAGUGCCUUUCUACCAGUAUUACUACUACUUAUGUCUUUUGGAAGCUACAUUUUUUGUUUAAAAAGUUGCUUAUCUGGGAAAUAAGAAUGUGUCAUUUACACAGAGUUAGCAAAAAAUGAACAUGACGGUGGUUUGGAGUUACGCUGCUUUGGUCAGUGCCUUGUCUGUGUUUUACAUAAUGUCUACCCUAGCAGUGGAAAUUGCUAUUGUGGGCAACUUUCAGGGGUUCAUUAUCCCACCGUUCCUGACGCUCAACAUCAAGAAACUUGGCUCAUGAUGCAACUCUGUUUUCUUGACUAGAAUUAAAGAGUUCUCUCACUGAGCAACAUCUUCCCCUACCUACUUGCAUGGGGAAGGAAUGCAUGGGGUAUGUGUGGGAUUAUUUUGAUACGGCAUUUGCAAAUGCAACUAUCCACAGGAUUGAUUGUCUGCUUCACUGCAACCAAUAAACUGUGUAUCUUGUCAAAAGUGA